AUGACGAAGGUGCACCCACAACCUGAUGUGGAGCCCGAGAUAAAAAACAAGCUUCGUCACCUGCCACAAGUGUUUAGCCGAGUACUAGAGCUACCAUUUCCUAUGGACACUAACGUGCGCACAUACUUCUCCCCUGAUGCCAAUUACUUCAUCGUGACCCCCGAUGCUGCCGGCGAGCCCGACGAGGUAAAGGUGCGUGUUGUGACAAUCGAACCAUUGGGGAUUACUAAAGUUGUGGUGCACAUUGGGCCCGGGGAGCCCGACCCAGAGGAUGACAUGGUGUAUGACAAGUGGCGCUUUCACCUGUCGAAGACAUUCAUCCUGUCGAUGAUCGUGGCCAAGUAUGUGGAUAGGCACCUCAUUGUGAUUGUGCCGAAUGAGGUGGCUAGUGAUGAUGACAAGGGGAUCCCGUUGUGCAUCAAUGAAAGAACAGGAGGUGGAGGAGAGAGAAAGCAUGAAAUAUGUGAUGGUGCAAGCUCUGUCCCUUCCAUUUAG